AGGAAUUCAUCUUUAGAAGACUUGGGUUAAGAGGAGAGAACGGAAUAGAAGAGUUGUGAGUAUUUGGACAUCGUUUUGGCCUUAAAUGAAACCGUGGUGCGACCUAUGCCAUAUUGACCAUGAGGAGUAUGCGUAACAAAGGCUGUGCUUUAUGCGUAAACCCUUCGUCUGCAGUGAAGUGCCAUGUGUAAUAACUGACCUGUGGUGCGGCGCUGAGUUGAAUGGGAGAAAGGACGUACAUGAUACCAACGGACGACCAAGGACAAAAUAUUUCAAUCUUACAUGUAACUCGACAAAAUGGGCAACUCGAGAUCUAAGAACAGAAUCUCCAAAGAAGAUUUACUCUACUUGGCCAAACACACACAGUAUGACAAGAAACAAAUCAAGCAACUGCACAAGAGUUUCUGGGAGGAAAAUCCAUCUGGGACAUUGAGUCGGGGAAAACUGAUGCACAUUUUCUCGUGCAUCAAUCCGACGAUCGACACAAGGAAAGCGGCGGAUUUCUACGAGCAUAUUUUCAGAGCUUUUGACGCCGAUAGAAGCGGGGACAUCAACUUCCGCGACUAUCUUCUCACCAUAAGUAUCACUUCUUCUGGAGACCUCCAGAAUAAGCUCAGCUGGACCUUUUCUAUGUGUGAUAUCGACGGAAACGGUAUGAUAGGCAAGAAAGAGAUUCUCCACAUUAUGAGAGCCGUCAGUAAAAUCAGUCGCAAAGAGGGCGAUAUUGAUUAUGUGACACCAGAAGAGUGCACUGACCAAAUAUUCAGCAAAAUGGACCUUGAUGACACCGGAGAUCUCACCAAAGAAGAGUUUAUUAAUGGAUGCCUGAAGGACGAGUUCCUGUGCCGUAUGUUGAAGGCCGACGUCAUGGGGCCUUGAUUUUCAAUCAUCUUCAGCCUGUCAGGAGGAUUAUUCCGUACAAUACUAGAUUAACUACCACGUCACAUUUACGGCGAUAUUGCUCAUACUUUGAAGCAGCCGUAGCAGCGCAUAAUAGGUAUCAUUAUUGCAUGAAUUAUCACGGUAGAGACAAGAUGUGCUAAAACUUUCUGGCACGUUAAAAUUACCAGCAGGGCCUUAUUUACAUAAAUUGAUGUGGCACACUCGACAUUUUCGAGACAUAUAUAUUUUACUACCAAAUUCAAGUUCAGCGAAAAACUGGCACAUUUAGCUUACAGUCAAUCAUUUGUAGCUGAAAAAAAAAGGUUUGUUCUUUUACUGUACAUCUUCCCGUUCACAUAAACAAAGUCCUUUCUACCACAAGCAAGCCAGGGUCGUUUCUGCCGUUAGCAAUUACUCACAAGAGCGCACGUCUUUCUGCACAGUCUCUUCUGUAGAAUUCUGUAUGCGAUUGAGCCUUCCUGUAUGCAAGACGUACGUAUACGUGACAUUUGCUUAAUUAUUCGAACACAAACAAGGAGAAAAUUACGGGUGCUCAGACGAUUCCUCUGAUAUCAAUCCAGAGAACGAUUUUUAUCAGAAAAAUAAGGCAUAUUGCAUAUC